UUUCAACUGUUACUCUUUGUUUACAUAAUUGAAGGUGCCGCCUCAGACCGUGGCGGCCCAGGACUGUUCCACUCAGGGGGGAGACUGUACUUUCACUUCCAGAUUAUUUCCCUGGGAAUAGGCUUGUUUUUCGGUACUGUAUGUUUGGCUGAGCAUUAUGGAUGUUUACAAUGUAGCAUUUCACACGUCUAAAGCAGGAAAGGCAGAUUCUAAUGUUUAUAGAAACUGCAGUCCGUCCUCCCCCCGUAUAAAGUAGGCGUAAGUGAGUGGUAUGUUCCACCCCCUACCGUGUAAUGUUUUUCCACUUGGCAGAGAGAACGGUGAAAGCACGAAGUUAGGCGUAUUUUUGGGAUUGUGAAAUGUUUCUCAAACGCGCAUUCUUGACUGUACGCCCUGUUUCUGAUACUUGAAUUCAGCUUAUUUAUUUUGAGAGAAGAGCAGGGUUUAAGAGGCAGCGGGAACCAGGCGGAAAAUGGCUGUUAGUCUCGUCCUUUGAAGUAUUUUUUCCCUGUGAUCUUUUUUCACUGGACUGGCUCGACCAACUCCAUCCUGAGAGACGAGUUCGAGUGGAGAAGUUUGGAGGGUUAGCAGCCUCAUGUUUUCACCGGGCCAAGAGGAGCACUGUGGACCCACCAAAGAGCCUGUGAAGUACGGGGAGCUGGUAGUUCUGGGGUACAAUGGAUCACUCCCCAACGGUGAUCGAGGGCGACGGAGGAGCCGUUUUGCCCUGCACAAGCGAGCCAAGGCUAAUGGUGUCAAACCCAGCACUGUACACAUCCUUAACAACCCCCAGUCCAGCAAGGCUGUAAACUGUAAGGGCCAGCACAGUAUCUCCUACACUUUGUCCAGAAACCAGACAGUGGUAGUGGAGUACAGCCAUGAUAAAGACACUGACAUGUUCCAGAUCGGCCGAUCGACGGAGAACCCCAUUGACUUUGUGGUGACGGACACUGUGUCUGGAGGUGGAGACAGCGAAGACGCCCUCAUCACCCAGAGCACGAUCUCACGUUUUGCCUGUCGAGUUGUGUGUGAACGCAACCCUCCAUAUACUGCUCGUAUCUUUGCUGCAGGAUUUGACUCCUCCAAGAACAUCUUUCUAGGGGAGAAAGCCGCCAAAUGGAAGAAUCCAGAUGGCCAAAUGGAUGGACUGACGACCAAUGGUGUGCUGGUGAUGCACCCGCGGGGUGGGUUCACAGAAGAGUCCAAACCCGGUGUUUGGAGGGAGAUAUCGGUGUGUGGAGACGUGUACACACUGAGAGAGACUCGUUCUGCACAAACACGAGGCAAAUUGGUGGACAGUGAGAGCAAUGUGCUGCAGGACGGCUCCUUGGUCGACCUGUGUGGAGCCACGCUUCUGUGGCGUACUGCUGAGGGCCUCUUCCACACCCCCACGCAGAAGCAUCUGGAAGCCCUGCGGCAGGAGCUGAACGCAGCCCGACCCCAGUGCCCCGUUGGUCUCAACACUCUGGCCUUUCCCAGCAUGCAGCGCUGCAGCCGGGCAAUGCCCAGUGUUGCCCCACAGGAGGACAAGCAGCCAUGGGUUUACCUGGCCUGUGGCCAUGUUCACGGCUACCAUGACUGGGGCCAUCGUUCAGAAAGAGAGUCUAACGCCCAGAGGGAGUGUCCAAUGUGCAGGGCGGUGGGGCCCUAUGUGCCAUUGUGGCUGGGUUGCGAACCAGCUUUCUACGUGGACACGGGCGCACCGACACAUGCUUUUGUACCCUGCGGCCAUGUAUGCUCCGAGAAGUCUGCUCGCUAUUGGUCAGAAAUCCCUUUACCGCACGGUACUCACGCUUUCCAUGCUGCAUGCCCAUUUUGUGCCACCCAGCUCAGUCUUACCCAAGGAUGCUCCAAACUUAUCUUCCAGGGUCCUGUAGACUGACGGGCUGACGACUAAAGAGGCUUGAUGUGUCUAAGGCAAGAAUGGUGCAUGCCUUUAUCUGAAUGGAGCCUAGGAUAGAGCGGUAGAUUAAACAGGGGACAUGUCUGAGGAUUGUUGCACACCGCAAGCUGUGAAGCUCUUCUCAUUUACUGAAACACUUUGUAAUAACGAAGGAUAAGGAAGAUUUUAGUCCAGCUGAGCUUGUUGUUAUUCUCAAUUUUGCGCAGUUAUAUCCAAGUUGCCUUGGAGAUCGAUUGAGUUGUUAGCCACGGAAUUUCCAGACAACUAGUCUGUGUUAUGGACUGGAAGCUGUUGGAUUAGCCCACGGAAAUUACACCCCACCAACAUUGGGAGAACAUUCAGACAACACUGCUGAGCCUUGCUUAAAACCAACAAUUUCAAAACGUGUUGAAAAGAUGUUGAAAAGCUGCAAACCAAGUUAAGUAUACAUUAGGAUAUUAUCAGAGUAUUACAAAUUGAAAUCAGUUCACCUAUGUUACAUAACAUUUCUGAAACAAUUAGCACAAAAUUGGCUAAUUCCACAACGUUCAUUUCGGAUAUGAAAUGCCAAAAUAGUAAUUGUCCAAAGAUGAAAUGGCUGCCAAAGCUGAUAUAAUAAUGGGCAACCUAGAUUAGCAUUCAUCAGAUCAGGGAUAAAUAAAGACGCUUUAUCAUGAACAGGAUUAUGCAUCAUAUAAUUCUAGAUAAAGAGUGGUUAAUAGAUUCUCUUUUUUUUUAUUUUUUUAUUUUUUUUUUUUACUUUCUUAUUUGUCUCAACAGUAAGAUUCCACUCUAUGCUGUUUCGUCGUACUGUAAAUCCUGAAACUGCUUUUAUUGCUGAAAGGAACAGUAUGCAAUCAGGACUGUGAGUAGUAGAGAGCAUCAUGUCCUGUAAUCAACAUCCAAACAUCUAUGAGCUAGAACUUGCUUUGCACCAAAACCAGGUAACUUGUCGACUUUUUGAGGUAUGAGAUGUUUUAGGUGGCGGUCUGGCAGCUCAUAUCUCAUUUCAGAUUUGCCACCAGUGGAAAUCAAAAUCUUAAUGGGAUGUAAACAUAUAUUAUAAAGGUUAUUUUAAAAUGAAAAGUUUUUAUUCUUCUAUUUUCUUAACCUUUGUACAGAGAUGGAUUUUAGUGCCUGCAAAUGGGGGAAUGUUUUUUACUGAGGUUUGAGUGAGCUAUUUUCAUCAGAAUAUGGGGGUUACUACGUUUUAAACAGAUUAUAAACUUAUCUUAUUAAAAAAACGCCCUGUUUUUGUCAGCUGUUCUGUAUUUUACCACAUACAUGUACAGUUUUCUAACAGAUCAUAUAUUUAUUAUUUCAAACAUGCUGCCCUUUUCUAAAAAGAGAAGGUUAUUUUGAAUUCAGUAUUCUGUCAUGUCCUGACAAUACUGUCACCUGGAAGCUGUGACUGCCAGACAAACGUUUGAGGCAGAACUAUGUGUGGGAAAGAGGUGUAUUUCACUGGCAAUAAUGCACUGCCUGAAAAAUGUUCACUUGUAAAACCAAAUACAUAUUUCUAAAGCA